UAAGCGAAGGUAAGGAACUGAGAGAGAGAUAACAUAACGGGGUACGGUUGACUCUUCCGAUACCUCCUCUUUCUCCUAUCUCGACGGCCGACCCCACGGCCACAGGGAGAGCGAGAGAGAGAGAGAGAGAGAGAGAGACACCUCCCCUUCUGCGUCUCCCAAUCGACACUCUUCGGUCUCCCCAUCUCAAAGCCUUUCUACUUCCUCUUCGAAUAGAGGAUUCUCCUAAGCUUUUCUCCUCUUUCCCCUCACUGCUUCCUUUUCACGAUUAGUUUCCUCGGUUAUUCCGUCUCGGCCGGUUGGGUUGUUAUCUGCUUCCUCAGGAGGAAGGGAGGGAAGGGGGAUCUGCUGCGGUGGUGAAGGGUUAGGGUUUCUUGACUUCUUGAUCGGUUGUUUUAUUAUUAUUAUUAUUUUGUUUCGGUAUUUGUCGCGAUUACGAUGGCCGUUCCACCUGCUAGAGCACGGGCCGAUCACGAUUACCUCAUCAAGCUUCUUCUGAUCGGCGACAGCGGUGUUGGGAAGAGUUGCCUCCUUUUGCGUUUCUCUGAUGGCUCCUUCACGACAAGUUUCAUUACUACUAUCGGUAUUGAUUUUAAGAUAAGGACUAUUGAGCUGGAUGGCAAACGGAUUAAAUUGCAAAUUUGGGAUACUGCUGGUCAGGAGCGAUUUCGAACUAUAACAACUGCUUACUAUCGAGGUGCCAUGGGUAUCUUGCUUGUUUAUGAUGUCACUGAUGAGUCAUCUUUUAACAACAUAAGGAAUUGGAUCCGCAACAUUGAACAACAUGCUUCUGACAAUGUCAACAAGAUUCUUGUCGGUAACAAGGCUGACAUGGAUGAGAGCAAACGGACUGUGCCGACUGCAAAGGGACAAGCACUUGCUGAUGAAUAUGGAGUCAAGUUUUUCGAAACGAGUGCAAAGACAAAUCUAAAUGUGGAACAGGUCUUCUUUUCGAUAGCUGGAGAUAUCAAGCAAAGACUUGCGGAAAGCAAUAACAAACCUGAGGUAGAAAGAGUUAUUUGUGAUGUUAAAACAGAAAUGUACCCUUCUUGGCAGGGAGGAGGGAGCUUAAUUAAUUCGUUGGUAUCAGGAUCGUACAAUCAAGAUUAACAAACCAGACCAAGCAGCUGCUGAAGGUACUGCAGCACCGAGAUCAGCAUGCUGUGGAUCCUGAGACGAUGAUGGGAUCGGAUGUAGGUAACUGACCGGGUGGGUGGGUGCUUGUAAUUUUAAUCCUCAUAAUAUUUGUCUCAAUUUGGUGCCUUAAUAAUCCUUUUUUGACCAAGAA